AUGAACGAAUACAGCGAUGAAAUCCAGGAAUAUGUUCCCAAGCAGGUUUCGAAAGAACGGGAUCAUUUGAACCCUAGUCGUUGGUGGUUCGCGUCCUCCGCCUUCCCCAUGAUCGCGGGUACCCUGGGCCCCGUUGCGUCUGCCUUCAGCAUCUGUGCCCUCGUGAAGCCAUGGCGCCAGAGCUUCCCGCCCGGGACCGACAUUGCCCUGGCUCCGUACAUCCGCGACCCGAGCUGGCUAACCGCCGUCAACGCCGUCCAACUUGUUCUUGCUAUUGUCGCCAAUAUGGCCCUGCUCCUAAACAUGACAAGGCGGCUCAGUUUCACCAUCGCCCAACCUGUUACCAUCAUCGGCUGGUACAUCUCGUCCUUUGCCCUGAUUUCCCUCACUGCCACUGCUUCGGGCCCUCUGGUGGUGGAGCCCGCCGAGGAGUUCAUCUGGUCCCAGGCAUUCUAUUACGGAAUUUAUUCGGCCGUCCUGUACUUCUUCGUCGCCUCUCUUAUGGUAGUCACCUACCUGGGCGCCCAGGCUGGCCGCUAUCCUAAAGACUUCAUACUUACCUCGAGCCAGCGCACCCUUAUGCUGCAGACCAUCAUGUUCCUCGUGUACCUGUUGCUCGGAGCUCUGGUAUUCCGUCAAGUCGAGGGCUGGUCUUACCUCGACGCAGUCUACUGGGCGGCCGUGACGCUCUUCACCGUUGGCUUUGGCGAUCUCUAUGCCACCACAGCUCUUGGUAGAGCAUUGCUGAUUCCUUACUCACUGAUUGGUAUUAUAAGUCUCGGUCUUGUUAUUGGCUCCAUCCGCAGCCUGGUCCUCGACCGUGGUAAGCGGCGGCUUGGGGAUCGCAUGUUGGAAAAGAAGCGACGCAGGACCUUGAGGCGGAUGACGCGGUUGGGAAAAGACGAGGUUCUGAUCCCCAUCAGAGACGACCCACCGACUAUGUUGUCCGUACGGACCGACUCCUCAGCUUUGACCGAGUUCGAGCGGAGAGAGCGUGAGUUCAAUAUCAUGCGCAAGAUCCAAAACGUGUCUGCUCACCGCCGGCGGUGGUUUGCCAUGGGCGUGUCGACUGGUACCUGGUUGGCUCUGUGGCUCGCUGGCGCAAGGGUAUUCCAGGAGUGCGAGGAGCGAUAUCAGGGGUGGAGCUACUUCGACGGCUUCUAUUUUGCUUUUGUCAGCUUGACCACAAUCGGGUACGGCGAUAUGACGCCCGUUUCCAACGCUGGCAAGUCCUUUUGGGUGUUUUGGGCGCUACUGGCUCUGCCUACCAUGACUGUCCUGAUCUCUAAUGCAGGCGACACCAUUGUCAAGGGGAUACGAGACGCGACGGACCAGGUAGCCACCGUCACCAUCCUGCCCGGCGAGCAAGGGUACAAGAUGGAGCUUAGACGGCUGCUGCGGACGCUCUCCUGCGGUGUUUUCUUCAAAGAGGAUACCGAGCAGGCGCCCGCCGGCUUUCUCGGCCGACCACGGCGCCUCGAACCCUCGACUGAUCACAACAACCGG